GACUUGUGAGCUGUGACACACGCACUACGAAAUUAAGCAAAUGGACGAGGAUAGAAAGCAGUAUUUCUGAUCUGCCUCUGCGUGUUAUCAUUAUUACCGAUCAAAAGGCAUUUGAUUUAGCCUAGUCUGUGUGUUGAAAAUAUGUAUGAAGAAGGCGUGUCUUCAGAUUACCCCGUUAUCGCCCCGUUAAGAGAGGAGUGUGUGUAUACGAGCUGUUUCUGUGAGGAAAAUGUUUGGAAAUUGUGUGAGUACAUCAAGGAUCAACAAACAUGUCCAACAGAUGAGGUGUAUGCAGUCUUCAUUUCAAAUGAGAGAAGAACAAUCCCUAUUUGGAAGCAAAAAUCUAGUAGAGGAGAUGAACCAGUGAUCUGGGAUUACCAUGUUGUGUUGCUGCACUUGAAUAAACAAGGACAAGGCUUUAUUUAUGAUUUGGAUACAACUCUCCCCUUCCCGUGUCCUUUUGAUGUGUACUCAGGGGAAGCCUUUCGGUCCGAUUUGUUCUUAAAACCUGAAUUUAGACGGAAAAUGCGGGUGGUACCAGCUGUCACAUACCUGCAGAAGUUUGCUUCAGAUAGGUCUCACAUGAAACAUUCUAAUGGGACAUGGCGCAUGCCUCCACCCUCAUAUCCUUGCAUAGAAACAGCAGAGUCCAAGAUGAAUCUUGAUGACUUCAUCAGCAUGAACGCUAAUGUGGGCUGUGGUGAAGUUUAUAAGCUUUCUGACUUUGUGCAACACUUUGGAGUGAAGUGACUGUGUGUGUGUGUAUAUAUAUAUAUAUAUAUAUAUAUAUAUAUAUAUAUAUAUAUAUAUAUAACAUACACACAGAGUCUGCAGUCAUGCUGAACCAGGACAGAGUUGGGAGUUACAAGGAAAACAACACCUGAUGCAAUGAUCAGUGCACAAACAAGUCCACUGCUGCUAUCCUCUCUCAAAUGUUCAGCAUUUCAGACAUUUCUCAUUCCUCAAUGACAAUAUUCACUACUCAGCACACAUCAUUUGUUUAUUGCUAGAUGUUAAAUGUUCAGAUUUAAUUUUUGUAUGAUUAGUGACCUUCAGGUGAAAAGUGCUUGGACACAGAACUAUUGAUCUCUAGGCCUUUAUAUAACAAUUGUCUUUGCUACUGAUUUGACAAUUUAUCUUUAAGGUGCCAAGUAACCCUAAUAAUGCAUGUUGCAAAGUGUGUAAAAAUUAGCAGAGAAUCAGUGAGAUCAACAGGUUUUUAGCAUUUAUUGAUAAUUGAGUUCUUGUACAAAUGAAACAGGGAUAGAUAUACAAACAAUAUAAAUGCUGUUAUUGAGAGAUUGCCAGCAAGAUGUAACUAAACAAACACCACCUGUGUUUUUUUUUUUUUAUGCAAUUGCUGCCAGGUAAUCCUUUACUUCAGCAGGUGAGAGUCUCCGAAAUCCAGCCUCAUUACAGAUUCCCACUUCAAUGUUAUCUUCAGUCAUUUGACCUUCAAAACUUUCCUGUGGAAAGAUUCAUAAGAUAGAAUUUAGACUCAGCAAAGUACAAAAUGGUGAGGUUUUGUGCAUUCCUAAUAUCAGAUGUAGCUAUCAGUGUUCUGUAUAAUUAUCCAGAUACACAUUUAGAUAAUGACAAGUUAGAACAGACCUUCAAGGUCAAGAUGGCUGUGUGUAUUGCGUCUUCAAGUUCUAGAUCCUCAUUGUAUCUGGAAUUAAACAGGAAAAAAAUGAAAAUAAAAGACAUUAGCACUGAAGAGAUGCAUUUCAUCUUUAUCUAGCAGCAGACGGCACAAAAACAGCUUGAAGUAACAAGUUUGUGUUGGGUUAGUUGUGUUUUGAUAAUGUUCAAAUAAUUAAUACCAGAAAAUGCAGCAUGUAUGAUGUACAGAUCAGCUUUUUUUUUCUCUUAAAAUGUAUGGGUGAUUUUUAGAAGCAACAGAUUAUGAUUCUACCCAAUGUUUAAUGUAUUAAUACAGAGCUACUGUUAGAUCUACAGCUCCAAGUUUCCAUGAGCCAGUUAAAUGGGAAUUUCACAUUUUUUCUAAAUCACCAUUUAAUGUAAAUAAAAUAAUUCAGUGACUUGAUGUGAAAUGCACCGUUCUAGAGCAACUUACAGAGUUAGAAUUGUUCACAGAGGUGGUGAUAUGAAGUGGAUAUCUCAGCUUUUAGAGGCACCGAACAAUUUAUCUCAUAGAAAAAAUAUGACAGUGUUAUGAACACACUGCCUGAUACAUUGACAAAUGUAGGAUAUAUGGUAGUUUUGCAUAGCAAAUGAAAUAUUUUUAUAUGUUCAUUGUAGACAUUGCGACCCCUGGUUCCCAUCACCGCUGUAAAGAAAUCUGAGUUGGUAAGUUUUUCUAUCCCAUUUCACAUCAAACCACUCUGAAUGACAAUCUCAAGGAUUCAGUUAUACAAAUUAGAAAAAAGUAUUCCCCUUUAACAUAAGCUAAAUCAUAGUUAUGCAAUGAUGUAAUAUAGAGUUGCUUAAUAGUAAAGAACUGGGUUAAAUGCUCCAGUCACACAGUCUCUUUAACCUGCUGUGUAAAUUUUGAACAAGACAUGUUAGAAUCUAAAACAUAAGUAAGCCAUGCAGCUUUAAAUCUAUAUACAUUUUAAAGGCUUUAUUAAGUAAGAAAAGUGUUCAACGCUAGCCACCACCAAUGGAUGUUUUCUUCAUUGGGCUGAAAAUUUCAAAGUGAAGUUCUUCCUCUGUACCUUCAAGUUCACAUACACUUAAAAAGACAAAAGCAAGAUGAGCUGUCACAUCAUGGUUAAUAAGUGUCUUUUUACUGUCUUCCUUACCUUUUCUCAAGGAAUGUUUUUCCAUUCACAUAGUUCUUUCCCAUUGCUGUGGCUUUCCAGGCAAAAUAUGCCCCCUGCAGGAACAGCAGGACAGAAACACAAUUUACACACCAAUCUAUAUUACAUAAACAUUGUUAUAUGAUAAACUGAAAAGGAAACAAGCCACAACAAAAUGUGUGCAUUUGAGGAGGAUUUAUCUUUACCGAUGGAUCAGACUGAAAGAGGUAUGGCCGGUCCUCAUCCCAACCAGCAAUAAGCAAGGAGACUCCAAAUGGACGUACUCCUCUACAACAUAAGUACAUAAAAUAAAUACAUUCUGAAUCAUACAAAUGCUACAUAGUACCACAUUGUAUGUGUUACUAUGCAUACACUGUUAAAUAAUUAAAAAUAAAAAACAUA